AUGUGGGACUUCGUUUUGGCCUAUAUAGAUGAUGUCAACAUCUACUCCUCUAGUUUUGAAAAACACUUGAGCCAUAUGGACAUUGUUCUAAGUAAACUGCGCCAAGCGAAUCUAAAGUUAAACCCAGACAAGUGUUAUUUUGAACAAGACCAAAUAGAGUUCCUGGGACAUAAAAUUUCUGGCAAAGGUAUAACUCCAACUACAGCAAAAGUAGCCGCUGUGAGUAACUUUCCCAGACCCAAGAACCUUCGUGCAUUAAGAGGGUUUCUAGAUUUGGCUAGAUUCUAUCAUCGCUUCAUUAAUGAUUUCUUGAAUGAUGUUGAAUUUGUUUUGUACACAGACACAUUGCACUUUGCUCUUGAUGCUGUUUUGUCUCAGCCUGGUGAUAAUGGGCUUGAAGGUGUUGUGAAGUAUGCCAAAGUUUCACCAAUAUCUCCACAGAUUCCAAUUUACAAUAGUGACCAAUUAUACAGCUUUGACCUACCUCAACAAUAUGGCUAA